AUGGCUGGCAAAAGUACCGAUCGCAAAGGCAGAGUAAAAGAAACAAAAUCUGCAGCGAUUGAGCAGAAUGAAACGGCAGGCUUCACAUUACCCGACAGUCUGCCGUGUUCAGAAAUCGACUUCCCAGUGCUUAUCAAAAGAAGACCCAGGGCUAACUGGAAAGAAAUAAUUGAUGAAAGCAAUAAAUGGCAUAAAGAAUUAGACGAGUACAAUGAGAGCAAACAGGAACCCAUUCCUAGACCACCGUUUCUUAAAACUGAAACCGAUUACAUUAAGAACGAGGUAUUUGUUCAACUUAUUCCUGCCUUAGUGGAAACUCUAAAUAAGGCCAAGAUAUGGCAAGCCUUGACCAAAGAGAAGUGUUUCUUCAAUGGAAUAGACCACAUUGUGCAGGUACUUUGGAACAACAACCCUCGUUAUCCAGGACGUAAAGAAAGCAACUUACAUUUAUUCAACAUGCCCUGGGUAAGAGCAACUCUUAAGAAGAAACCUCGUCCACUGUACCCAAAGUCUUGGUUAUGGCCUGAGGAGUACGCAGCCACUCUCAUACAAAAGACUGUACGACAGUACUUCGUACAAAAACAGGAGGAAGUGCAAGAAAUGCGCGAGUUCUGGAAGAAACUUGAAGUUGAACGCAACGUUCCUGACAUGGAGAUGAAUCCGUUUCUGGCUAAAGCAUUUGCAUCGUCUUCACAUAUUAAAAAGUAAUCGCUAUU